UGGGUCGCCUCGCAAAUCUUUGGUGACUGCUAGACUACUUUAUUAAAAUGAUGAUGAAGCAAGCGACGCUAUUUAAGCGUAGGUCCUUAAUAUAAGAAAAUUGCCUGAGUGUUCUAAUUAAACACUAACGAAAUGGCUACUGCUGAUGAGACCAAAUUGCGGAUGAAGCUUUUGAUUGACACCAAUGCUAAAAAAUUGCUAUUUGCUGAGGUUGAUAAGGAUUUUGUUGAUUUCCUCUUUCACAUUCUCUCGUUGCCAGUGGGCACUGUCACUAGGCUCCUUAAGGAGAAAGGAAUGAAUGGGUGUUUGCAUAACAUCUAUCAAAGCGUAGAGAAUCUGGAUGACUCCCACAUUCAGUGGAAGGAUAUUAUUUUAGAACCCAAGUGUCAUUUUCGAAUCUCUUCAGUUCCUCUAUUGCUUAAUGACGCUCCGACUCAAACGGCUUUUUAUAAAUGUCGAAAUACUUCCCCCAUCAGCCCCUGCUGGGGGGGCGAUUGUUAUGUCACCGAUGACUCUAGCGCUCGCUGUCCAGAUCCAGAUUGUAACUCACAAAUGUCAGGUACGUUGUCGUAUGUUGCUCCACCUGGGAAGGUAGCAACAGGGGGUUUUGUGAGGGAUGUGGUGAAAUACAUGGUGAUGGAUGACUUGGUGGUUAAGCCCGGGUCCGUCGUAUCAAGCAUUACCAGUCUUACAGAGUGCUUUAAUGUCAAGGAUUUUGGUGCACUGCACGAGGAAGUUGUACAUUUUGGAAAGGAAGAGGCGCUGAAGUUGCUGAAAUUAUCAUUCGAGUCGAAAGCAGUUCUGACAAGUCUUUUCAUGAUGAGUAGCGUAAAGGCCGAGGACUAGCUAGUCAUUAUUAGACAUAUCAAUGGAUUUGGAUGCUUCAGUUUAGUCAAUUGCCUUUUAAUGGUUUUCUUUUGUUUCAUUUCCCGCUAUCGCUGAUUAUGAUUACAAAAUCUUACUUUAUCUGGUUUGAAA